AUGGCGCCCAAGAAGCAGCGCGGGCAGAGGGCGGGGAGCCGGCCGGGCGCGGCGGAGGAGGUCGCCGAGCCGCAGCUGUCGGAGCGCGCGCAGUACCUGCAGCGCGAGCACAAGCUGCUCUCCGAGCAGCUGGACGCCUGCAAGGAGCGCGUAGACGUGGUCCUGCGGGAGAACGCCUUCCUGGACGGCGAGGCGCUGCGCCUGCGCGAUGAGAACCGGCUCUACGCCAGCUACGUGAGCGCGCGCGCGCAGCGCUGCGCCAACGCCGUCCUCCGACUGGACGACCAGAACCGCGUGGACCUGACGCAGCUCCGCGGGCAGCGGGCCGACCUGGAGUCGCUCUAUCGCGGCCGCGAGGACGGGGUGCGCGCGCAGCUGCUGGAGAUGGAGGCGCGUGCGGCGCAGAUGGCGCGGCAAGUGCAGGAGCUGCAGCCCUACAAGGAGCUGCAGCUGGAGCAGCUGGCCCGGAUCCGGACGCUGGAGCGCGAGCUGCUGCACAUAAGCGUGGAGCACACGCAGCAGCUUCACAGCGUGAAGGGGCGCUUCCUGGAUGAUAAGGCGGCCUUCGAGCGCGAGGCGCGCCAUCGCGUGCAGUCCCUGGCGCGGCGCGCGGAGCGGGAGGCGGUGCGCGCGCUCAUCACGCACACGCAAGCCAUCAAGGCCGACAACGAAAGGCUGCGCGACGAGCUGCUGCGGCUGCUCAGCCGGGCCCAGCUGCUGCAUGACACGCGGCGCCAGCUGCUGGGGCAGCGUGAACAGCUGCGGCGCGAGCACCAGGACACCUGGGACCUGGCGCACGUGCACAGCUGGCUGCUCCGGGGAUCCACGGGCCCGGCGCUGUGGCAGCCGCCGCCGCCGCCGCCGCCCGCCUCCCCUCCGGGAUCCUUUGCCUCCUCCACAGGCCCGUCGCACACGGCCUCCCAGAACCUGUCUCAGGUCUCUUCCCGCCCUGGCUCCCGGGCCCCAUCCUUGGCCUUCUCCCGCCCUGGUUCCCGGGCCCCAUCCUUGGCCCCGUUUGGCCCUGACUUCCGGGCCCCGUCUUUGACGCGGUCCCGCCCAGGCUCCGGGAUCUUUUCACGGUCGUCAUUGCGUAUGACCUCACACACCACUCCCUCUGCUAAGUCUGCCUCCGGAUCGGGCCCUCCCCGUCCCCCAGUUGAAGAAGACCAUGAACACUGACGCUGCACCUUGAAUCUUCCCGGAAGAAGACCAGGGUAGGGGAGAUCAGUACGCAGCACGCUUGUUUGGUGAGUGCAAUUGUUAAUAAAAGUGUCUCUGUCUCUGUCUGUCUGUCUGUCACACACGCACACACACGCCGCCGCUCUGGCACCGCCUGCCUUACUGCUCCAGCAUUUCCUACCGGCUCAGGGACCACUUAUA